AUGCGUCAUGUAUUUCAUGAGCCCGGCCUUUUCAAACUUCUUGAGGACUUUCUCCGUCUGCUUUGGGUUCGUCGAGUGGUUGACGAAUCCAUCUCUGUCAAGGAUACUCCCUGCCUUAACUUGCUUGAUGAGAGUUCGAAUAUGGGCCAACUCUUUCUGGGCCAGGGGCAAGGUUAUGGGAACUAUCAGCAGCAAGGGAGAAAUCAGUUUGUUCCCUCUUGGAACAAUCAGGGAAAUCAAGUGAGGAACAAUCCACCAGGUUUUCAAGGUAAUCAAGGGAACAGAGGUGGUAAUCAAGGAACUCAGUGGAAAAAUAAUCAGAAUAAUCAGAAUCCUAAUCAAGGGCAAUUCCAGCAAGGGAAUCAGAAUUUCGGGAACAAUCAGGGUCAAGGUUUCUCUAGACCAUCUCAGGAUAUUGAUAUGCAGAUUCUCAUGAACACCAUGAUGGCUCAGAUGAGCAAGUUACAGGCAACCGUAGAGUCUCAACAAGCUACCCUAAGCUCUCAACAAGUACUAAUAGAGAGCCUCACGGGGCAACAGCAAGGUGGUGGUAAUCAGUUUUCUAAUCAAUCCUCAUCUUCGAAUGGUAGACUGCCAGCAAGCAUAGAAAAUCCAAGGAAGCAAGUGAAUGCAGUGACCACGAGAAGUGGAUUAGCUUUGAAGGAUCCUCAUUUUCCUUCAGAUGAUCCAGUGCCUGAGAAAACUGAUAAGAAGGAUGAGGGCAUUCAGGUUGAAGAUGUUCCUGAUGAGAGUGAAGAGGAGCCUGUGUUACAGAGAGAUAGUGCUAAGGGGAAAGCCCCUAUGCAAGAUGAGAGUGCUCCGAGCAAGAAGCCUGAGAAGAAAGAUAAGCAGAAUGGUGACUCAGUAGUUCCUUGCAAUCUCCUACCAUUUCCACAGAGAUUAUGGAGAUCCAAGGAAACUGAGAGAGAAAAUAAAUUCAAGAUGAUGUUGGAUAAGCUGGAGAUAUCUAUGCCCUUUGUUGAUGCAGUGACUCAGAUUCCUUCAUACAAGAAAUUCUUGAAGGAUAUUCUGAGUAACAAGAAGAAACUAGAGAAGAGUGCUGUGGUGGAUCUCAGUGAGUGGGCAUUGACAUGUGCAGUUCUUCAACAAAAGUUGCCUCCCAAUCUGAAAGAUCUAGGUAGUUUUACCAUUCCCUGCAUCAUUGGGGGAUUUGUAGUGGGCAGUGUCUUAUGUGAUCUGGGUGCCAGUGUUAGCCUGAUGCCAUACUCUCUUUGUAAGAGGCUUAACCUGGGCAGCCCAAAGCCUACCACCAUGACUCUCUAG